UAGGUUGGCGGAGUGUUUACUUCCGGUCUGGCUGGAAGCUGCUUCUUCGCCUGAGCGUCUCUGGCCGGCUCCACAGUUCCGCCAGCUGGGGCUCUCUCCGUUCUGUGUGCACUGACAGAGAGAGCGCUUUCUGACAGACUCUUUAAAUUGUCUCCCGUCGCUCGCCUUGCACUUUUGAUGCUGUCUGGCCGUACUGUGGAAGGAGGAAGGCUGGAGGAAGCUUGAAGAGGUGCCGGCGGCUCUUCAUCCGCUCAGCUAUGGAUUGGCUUAUGGGGAAGUCAAAGACUAAGCCAAACGGUAAAAAAACAGGAGCAGAGGAGAAGAAAUUGUAUCUGGAGCCUGAAUAUACCAAAGCAAGAAUAAUAGAUUUCAACUUUAAGGAACUGGUGACUUUACCACGUGAAAUUGACCUGAAUGAAUGGCUAGCUAGCAAUACAACAACAUUCUUCAACCAUAUAAACUUACAGUACAGCACCAUCUCUGAGUUCUGCACUGGCGAUACAUGUCAAACGAUGACUGUGUGCAAUACGCAAAGAAUUUCCAAAUACUUUUGAGUCUUUAGUUAAAAAGAUCUGCAGGUAUCUAUUCCAUGUACUGACUCACAUCUACUGGGCUCAUUUCAAGGAGACUGUUGCAUUGGAACUGCACGGACAUUUAAAUGCAUUGUAUAUGCAUUUCAUGUUAUUUAUAAGAGAAUUCAAUUUGGUAGAUCCCAAGGAAACGCUGGUCAUGGAUGACCUGACUGAAAUCCUCUACAGCAACGCAGCCGCAGCACAGAACCAUGUCAAAGAAAGAUGAGCCACAUGCAGAGGAAAGACAUUUCAUCAUGAAGAUUGUGGGACUUAACUGAAAUGUGCAGGAUCAAGUGUGGAUUUCAUUUCACACUCUAAAUGCAGUGUUUACUUUUAGGAAAGAACCACGUUUGACAUGGGAAGAUGUUUUCUAGAAUGGUGGUACUGCCAUUUUUAAUAUAUACUAUGUUAUUAAAAGAUGAUAAACUUUGAAGUGGCAUGCUGGCAAACAUGCUUUGUUUACUGCUUCUCCCCUACUGAGUAGGAAUGAAAUGGGUAAGCCUUGGUUUUGACCCAGGAAGAUAGAGGUUGGAAUUUGUAUGGUUAUAAAUCUUGGAAUGCUGGAGCUAUCAUGUUGCUCUGACACCUAAUCAAGUACCUCUCAAUAUUAUCAGCUUGGACCAGUUACGCACGACAGGAAUAAUGUUUCUUAGCACAUUCUGUGUGCAAGCUCCAUAGUUAUUCUUUUAAAAAAAGAAUUUAACCUGCAGCUUAAAACAAUAUUUUGGCUUGCAUUCAAACCUGUGGGAUGAAAAUUAUUUUUCCCUCAUUAAGCAAUUCUAUAUUCAGUUAACCUUGCAGAUUAGCCUCAUUCUAGAUAAAUAGUCAAAGGCAGUGCUGCUGGGGAGCAAAUAGCAUGCAAAGGUGGACACUGCAGUCUGGCCUGGUUCAGUACCACAGGAGGGCCUCUGCUCUGGUACAUUAAUGGUGAGCUCUUGUUGCUUUUUACCCUUGCUCAGCUAUCUGGAAGAUUUUCCUGAACGGGCAGAAAAGAGAAAGUCAGUCUGAUGUUCCUUCGAAGAUAGCCACUUCAGAGUGUACACACAUUUCUUUGUAAAUACUGUUUUAAAGUUAAGGUUGGCGUGCUGUAUGUGAAUGCAAAUAGCAACCUAAGUUUUUCCAUCAAUUCAUUAUUGAUUUAUGGUUAUUUUUGUUUUCUGUUAUAAUGCAUCUUCUAAGUUUAGCCAAGUAGCUCACCCUCACAAUUGUUAGGAAUAAAAAGAGGGACAGUGGGAAUCUAUACACAGAUUGUCCACUCUCAGUUGCCUCAUUUUUUGAUUUUAAACUGAGGGAACAGCACGCAAUAUUUCAUUUUAAUUAUCAUUUUAUUUAGAAGUGUAGGGUAUUUUUUUGCUGUUUGUUUCUCUUCUGUUGGAACAUGUUGCACUUGAACCUUGUUCAUUGUAGUCAACCUUGGUUUCCAGGUGUUUUCAAGCAAAUUUGUUUUGUUUUUGGCUUCAUUAAUAUAAAAUUACAAAUAAAAAUGAUUAUAAAAGA